GGAGUCCACUUCAUGUGUCACCAACUGGGCUCUAAACAAAGGCUCACCAAUCUGUACCAACACCCUCUGGAAAUAUCCCUCAAAUACUCUGCAGCAGACGGCGCUAGAACCUAGCUACCAACAAAUCCCCUGCUCAUCAUGGACGCCAAGACCACACAGCUCCGUACUCACCUGCUGGCCCAUGACCAUGAUCGCCUCCCCUGCGCGCCGCCGCUGCCGCUGUCACCACCACUCAAUGACGAUGUGCCGCCGGUGCUCAGCCGCUGCGCCGUGCGCCGCUCGCUGCUGCUGGCCACCAGCUACGCGGCGCUGUUUGCCGGAUCGCUGUCGUCGAGCCUCCUCUCCCGGUUCUACUUCGCGCACGGCGGCGCCGACCGGUGGCUCGCGACGCUGGUCCAGUCCGCCGGAUUUCCAUUUCUCCUCCUCGUCCUUCUGGCCCGGCCACCGGCGAUGGGGAAGAUGUUCGGUGGCUUCACGCCGCGGUUGGUCCUGUACUGUGUCCUACUUGGCCUCGUGAUGGGGCUCAACAACUUGCUCUACUCGUGUGGCACGUCCUACCUACCCGUGUCCACAACGUCUCUGCUCCUCUCCAUGCAGCUGGCGUUCACGCUGGUCCUCGCCGCCGGUCUCGUCCGUGUGCCGCUGUCCUUCGCCAACAUCAACGCCGUCGUUCUCCUCACCCUAUCCUCGCUCCUGCUCGCGCUCCGGCACGAAGAAGUCGGCGGCGGCGGUCGUCGUGCCAACACCGGAGACGCCACGGCCACCAGCCCAGACUACUAUUUACUCGGUGUAGCGGCGACCCUCGGCGCCGCACUGCUCUUCGCGCUCUACCUGCCGGCGGCCGAGCUCCUGUACCGGCACGGCGGGGUGACGGGGUUCAGGAUGGUUGUAGAGGCGCAGGUGAUCAUGGAGGCGGUGGCCACCACCGUGUCGGGAGCCGGCAUGGCCGUGUCCGGAGGCGGCAAGGGCCCAUGGAGUGGCGUGGAGGCGACGUGGGACCUGUCACCUGCGGCCUACUACGCGGUGGUUGGCGCGGCCGUCCUCAGCUGGCAGAUGUGCUUCUUCGGCACGGCGGGCACGGUGUUCCUGACCACGUCACUGCACGGCGGCAUCUGCAUGACGGCACUGCUGGCGGUGAACGUUGCCGGCGGCGUGGUGGUGUUUGGGGACGAUUUUGGCGCCGAGAAAGGCGUCGCGAUGGUGCUUUGUCUCUGGGCCUUCUCAUCGUACAUCUAUGGGGAGUACAAGAAAGGUGGCAAGUCGGUGGAUGGGGGAAGUCGGAUCAGCUAUGGAGUUCUGGGUCAGGUUUAGUUUCUUCAUUUUGAGGAAUGCAAAUCUUCUUAGCUUUUUUGUCUGCUGUAUGUAUUGUGAAUAUUGUCCAUUUUGUGAACCCUUUGUUACAAAAUGAGAGAACCCUUCUUCAACAAUAAUAGUGGAGGGUCCUACUACAACCAGUCACUUUUGUGACAUCACGUUGGGACAAACUAUUAGUAACUCAUAAGAAAUGAAACGAAUGGUCAUUGGUAUGGUUC